CCUUCUCUCCAUGUGGCUACGUCUUCUUCUCUCCCGCUCUGCAAUUUGGCGGCACGGUACCAGACAAUGCCAAUGGCGGCUUCUUGCUCACAUUGGUGGCACUGCCCAUUCUACUUCGCCAUGGCCGUAACCCUCGCCGUGAUAUCCAUCUAUGCCUCCAUGCCCCCACGGCCCAACCAUUCAAACCCAACAGCAGCCGCCGCCAUCCACAACCGUCUCGCCUUCAACGCCUCUCGCGCUCUGCGCAACCACGGCUUCACCGCCAUGGCCACUAUCCUCCAAAUCUACCCCGAGCAAUUCCUGUCCUCGCCCCAAUCCACCAUCUUCGCCCUCCAAGACGCCGCCAUCUCCAACCUCUCCGCCCAUCCCAACGCCGUGAAACGCCUCCUCCAAUACCACACUUCUCCUUCCAAUCUCCCAAUUAAAGAGCUCUUAAAGAAGCCCCAAGGCACUUGCUUGCCCACUCUCGUUCCAGGAAAGAGAAUCGCCAUGACCAAGAACGAUGCGAAGAAAGGAUCGGUCGAGAUCAACGACGUGUUGAUCGCUCAUCCCGACGUGUUUCUUGACGGAGCCAUUUCCAUUCAUGGCGUUCUUGGGCCUUUCUCUAGACCAGAACUUCAUGAAACUGGUCAAGAUUGGGAAAUCACUGAGCCGCCGGUUUGUGAUUCUCAUUGCGGCAUUUUGUCAAACUCGUCGAAGAUCAGUGAUGAGUGGACAAGAAUAGUUCGAUUUCUGAGCUCUAAUGGGUUUGUGUCAUUUGCGAUCGGAUUGCAUUCUCUUCUUUAUGGGAUUCUUCAAGAUUACCCCGACUUGAAUUCGGCCACAAUUUUUGCGCCUGUUGAAUUUGUCUUUGUGGCUUCGUCUAGACCUCUGCUGGACGCGAUUGUCAGGUUUCAUAUUCUGCCAAAGAGGCUUACUUUCAUGGAAUUGACUUCAUUGCCUGAGAAGGCAUCUCUUUGGACACUACUUCUGAACAGAAAUCUGGUGAUCACUUCAAGUGCUUCUUCUAAGCAAGUAUUGGCCAUUAAUGGGGUGAAGAUAACAGCACCAGAUGCCUUUUCAUCAGAACACUUUGUCAUCCAUGGAAUUUCUCGGGCUUUUAGUACGGAAACGCUUUUCAAGAUAGCUGAAUAGGUCGGUUCUGGUUUUGGGGGAGAUAGUUUGCUUGCAUUAGCAACGGGUAUAUAGAUUCUGAUUUAGCGUACUUUUUUCUUUUCACUUUUGAAAUCUACUGAAUUUUUGUGACAUUUUUGCUUUCACAACAGAAAAGUUGUUUUGUCACUUUUUGUUUGAGAUAUUUUAGCUUGAUGUAUGCUCAAGUUAAGGAAAAAAAUGGUGUAGGUCAAGUCUUGCAUACCAAUGAAUGAUGCAACUUAUUUUCAAGAAAAGUGUUAGGGUAGGGGACCAACUGUAUGUCUUAAGUGAAAGUUGUUAAUGGCUUUGCUUUUUGUAUCUCAUAUAAAUAUGCAACUAAUGAAAUUUCAGUUGCGGUU